UGCCGCAAGCCCAUUCACACUGAGCGCGGCACGUAGAGUCUGCAAUGCCCGUGCCAGAAGCACCGCGCCCUCGCAUUGCCCCUCUGUCCACGUCCGCGCCCCAUUUCGUGCCUUACUUGUCCGCCCCUCGCAAAUGCUCUGCCGAGUCGCGGAUCCCGCUGUAGCGCAACCGGCCAUCUGCAUCCAGGGGUAGAGUGCACGGGCGACCAAUCCCUCAGCCUUGACCUUUCUCCGCAGACGGACGGCCUUUUCUCGACAGACGGCCCCAGGCCUGCACAAGGAGCCCGCUGCGAGCUCCCCAAGCCUGUCGCGCGCCCCAAAUGUCUCUGAACGGGCUCGACGACGCAGCCGUCACAGAGGCCUAUACCGGCGCCCUGGGGGAAGCCGGCGGCUGGUUUCUGCUCAAGUAUGCUUCGCGCGACUCGGUCGAGAUCCUCACCCGUGGCACCGGCGGCGCACAUGAAGCACGCACAGCCAUCGCCGCCUACCCAGACAACUCGCCAUUGUACGGCUUCUUGCUCUACCGCCGCCGAAAAGUUUUGAUCAAAUACGUACCCGAGGGCACGUCGCGCUUACUGCAAGCUCGCGUCGCCGUACACUUUACAGCCGUUACCGACAAAUUCGCCCCCCAUGAUACCACCUUCUCCAUUACCACACCCGACGAGCUCAGCGACGCCGCGCUCACAUCGGCAUGCUCGUUGCACACCGCUGCGCCUUCAAGCAGCUCCUCGAGCCUAUCCUCGCGAAAGCAGAAGCUAGAUGGAAUCACAGAAGACGUCGAGGAUGCGCAGAGCACCGCUGGCGCCAGCGAGUCGCCAUCUACAGCACGCCCUUCUACAGCCAAUACUGUGACGGGAAACACGCCGAGUCCUCUCCCUGAAAAGACCGCAGAAAAGGAGGUUGAGAAGAGUGCAUCAAUUGAUGAGGACCAAGCAAAGGCCGAUGGGGAAGCCGCCGAAAAAGCACCUGCUACUGCCGACGAAAUUACCGACAGGCUUGAGCUUCUGAGGACGCCAACAGCGCCUGACCGCGACAGCUUCAAGAAGUACGAUGCGCUCUUUGAGAACGGACCAGACCCCCGUCUCUCGUCUCAAACCACCCGACCCGAUCUAGCCGAUCUAUACGCCGAGAUAUAUGCACAAUAUAACAAGCCCAAGGUAAAGCUAGGCCCCAGACCGAAAGCAUCUCUGGAUAUGAAAAGACCAAGUACUUCGGGCGCCGGCACACAGAGCGUAACGCGACCAGUAUCGUCUCUGCCACCAGGUCUGCGCUCCUCGAACCGAAAGAAUGUCGAACCUAGACGACCCAAGUCGAGAGAUGCCAGCACAGUACCCAGCAUCGCUAUCCCUCCACCACCGCCGAUUCCCAUGGCGCCUGAAAUGCCUCUAUCUCCCAUGUAUCAUCCGAAAAGCCCUACAAGUAUCAGGUCUUUGCCGAUGAAUACCUACAGCAGUCUGCACGGCCGGUCUCACGGAUCAAGUCAAGAGAAGCAGCGGUUGAUGAAAGCCUUGCAGUUGAGGAAAAAGCAGAUGGAGGCUAGGAAAGUACGAGAGGAAAAGGACGCUGAAGCAGCGGCGGAGGACACGACGGCCGGUGCAGAGGAGCACGUAGCUGAUGAGAAAGCUGUUGAUGAUCCCACGCUGCCUGCAGAUGCACCAAUCGAAGCGCAUGAUGAACCAGAGACCGCCAAACAGCUAGCAUCCGAGAACGACGAAGUGACCGGAGCUCUCGAUCAGGAGGAACCGAAGCCUGAAAUACCACCUACACGAGCCGACACAGACGAUAUACAUUCUGCAGCCUCCGCUUCUUCACCGACGUCUGCACAAACCCAAGGGUCGUCAGUUGCGCCUUCGACGAGGCCGUCGUCAAUUUCAGAGGACGAUGUGCCACCUGCUAAAGAAAUCAAAGAAGAAACUGUCACUGAACUACCUGUGCGACCCGAUGAAGCGCUCGCUGACAACGAGUCGACGUCAGCCGAGAGCACCCCUACGGUGGUUCCAGAAACCACAACACCCGUGCCGUACCUCCAAGUUUCCAGACCAAGUAUGGACACCACAGCGGGUGCCUCGGAGGAUACAGUAUUCGACGACUCCGGAGAGCGAAAGAAAAAGCGGGAAUCCAUGGUCCUCGUUUCGGCUAGUGAAAUCGACGAAGCUCGUGCGCGCAGGAAGUCUAAAAGAGCAUCAAUGAUGCUACCACUGUCGUCGGAAAGCCUGUUCGACACGCGAAACAAGACAUCAUUGAACGAGCAACCCACCGCGGAGGGCAAAGAAAACCGUCGCCAUGUCGUCGAUCCAUCACAUCUCAGUGCUGAAAACUCCGAAGCCGAGUAUCUGAGCGACGAUUCCUUUAUGGAGGAGCUGCAAAGUGCAAAGGUUGAAGAAGCCAUGCCAAUGUCUGUUUCCAAGUCCCCUAUCACGCCUUUCUUCUCACGGAAGCCCUCCAGUCCCGAGUUCUCUGUUCCAAAGAGGUCGGCCUCGCAACAUGCCCGGCUAGGCGGUCACUCUCCAGAGCAGCCAGGUCUGCGAAAGCUAUCAGGACCGUGGGUGAACCAUGCCAGUACAGAGCCGGUGGUGGUUGCUAAAAAAAUCAACGUUGGAUCGGGAAUCUCGCAAAGAAUCAAAGCCUUGGCUGAGAAGUCCAACCGAGAUUCGACCGCAUCGUUGAGCCCUGUGAUCACUCCGGACGGUGUCUCUUCGACUGUUGCACAGCGCAAAUCGUCAUUCUUCACGACCCCUCCAGACGGCAACUCGCCAACUGGGAAAUCCGUCAAUCGCAUGUCGCGCGCCUCCUUCAUCAAUGUGUCUAGGUCAACCACGCCAGAACCGAAGCCAGCUGUACAUGCACCGCGCGCAAAAACCCCCACACAGCCUCAAACAGUGUACACUAUGCAGCAAGGGUCAGAACGGCCCGAAUCUGUACAGGUCACUGCUCGCAUCGUCCGUGAUGCGCAGCCGCAGAAGCCCAUUCUCACAAUGCCAACGGAGACCAGCCCAUUAGAGCUUCACCGGAGCGCUAUCACCAUCGAUCAUCAGAAAUCCACCCGACCACCAACAUCGAGCUCAAAGCACAGUGCUACCAGGACAGAGCCAACGUCGCCGAGACCACCCUCUUCUUCACAAUCGAACGAGCCUGUCCCCAAUCUUCCUCGAUCAUCUUCAGAGAGCAGCUGGCGAUCCUUCGGUCGACGGCACAGCGAGUCCAAGAACGGUGGCCCGCCGCGCAGCAUGUCUGCAAACAGCUUGGUUGAAUCAAGCAGUGACGAAAAGCCUGCGAAGAAGGAAAAGAAAGAUUCGAGGACCAGCAAGCUAUUUAAGCGAAUGUCUUCUAUCUCCUCGAUCACGCGGAAGAAUUCGGCCCCCAGCAUUCCAGAAGACAUCCCCUCUAUUCCUCUUCCGUCCCUACGGGAGCCUCCUUCGGCUGUUCAACUUGGCGAUCUUAAUAUACAGUUUCCAGACACUUUGCUUUGGAAACGUAGGUGGGUUGAGAUCGAUGCUUCAGGCAACCUCGUCUUGAGUCAGUCAAAAACCACUGAGCAGUCGAAGGGUGGUAUCAUGAGACGCUUCAGUUUAAUGGAAUUCCGAGCCCCCUUUGCACCCGAUCUGGACCAACAGGAACUCCCGAAUAGUGUCGUGCUUGAUUUUCUCGACGGACGAACGCUACAAUUAGCUUGCGAGACCUACUCUGGGCAGGCGCAAGUGCUCGCAAUUCUCUCAGAAGCCCACACCGCCUGGACCGAUUACAAUCAGGGGCUGUAAACCAAGAGUACCUUGACACACCAUUUCUCCGUUACUUAGAGACGGCUGCUAUAUCUUUACUUGUUCUGCACCAACUCAUACCCGAGGCCUGCGUCUCAUCUCUUUUGUUCCAUGACUGUACGACUGUCUUCACUGCAUCGCUGCAUGCAUUUCCUUGUGUUGGUUCGGUGGUGCUUGCAUAGCGUGGGUCAGAGCUCUCUUGUGGGGAAAGCUGCAAGAUAAAGAAGUUGAUCCCUGUUC